CUUUGGAUACCUUAAAAAAAAAGUAAAUCAAUAAUGUUAAAUAGAUACGGGCUAAUGUAAAAGAAGAACGCAAAGUCUGAGGUUUUACUGGAGAAGAGGUUCGUGAAAGAGCUGGGACCAGUACUGUCACCGGUCCUUUCCCAAGCGAUCCUUCUCGCACCCCAUCUCUCUCCUGGUCAUGCACACAAAGUACCCACAUUAGUUGGGGGCCCACUGUUUGCCGGGCAUUUGCUGAUUUUGUCCUUUUGAAAAAUCAACUAUGGCUGUCUUCAGGCCGGACACCCAACGGUUGCGGUUUGUGGGACAAGCCUACGGCCCCUUCGAAGGGUUCUUCAUGCAGAAGGCAUUCAGCAAAGAUCUGGCACUUCGGUUUGAGCUCUGCAGCAGCCCUCUGUGGCUUGAGAUGAUUUUAGUGAAACGAGGGGGGCGGCUGGCGGCAGAAAACCUUAAAAAGGUGUGCAGUAUUUGGUGUUUUUUUUUUUUUUUUUUUUUUUCUACCCUGUCUCUAACCACCCUCUCUGGUGUAUGCUGCUAAAGCAUGAAAACUGACUCCGAUCGGGGCAGGGUCUCAAGCAUCCUGGCAAGGUAACAAACCUGCAGAGCAGCAUCGUCCCUCCCCUGACUUCGGAGCUGCAGUACCUCCCUUCACCCUAACCGAGCCUUCUCCGGACUCCUCCCUCACCAGACCUGGUCUCUUCUGUCCCCCGCAGGGACGUGAUGAGCAGCCACGGCAACAGCCUGUUCCUGAGGGAGAGCGGCCAGCGCCUGGGCGGCGUGGGCUGUCUGCAGGGCCUGCAGGACAGCCUGCAGCAGAGAGCACUGCGCACGCGCCUGCGCCUGCAGACCAUGACCCGAGAGCACGUGGGGCGCUUCUUGCGUCGGAACGCCUUCAUCUUGCUCACAGUCAGCGCUGUGAUCAUUGGUGUAAGCCUGGCGUUUGCCCUGCGUCCAUACCAGCUCUCCUACCGCCAGAUCAAGUACUUCUCUUUCCCGGGUGAGCUGCUCAUGAGGAUGCUGCAGAUGCUCGUGCUCCCUCUCAUUGUCUCCAGCCUCGUCACAGGUAUGGCUUCCCUGGACAACAAGGCGACAGGGCGGAUGGGAAUGCGGGCAGCUGUGUACUACAUGGUGACCACAGUCAUUGCAGUCUUCAUCGGCAUCCUAAUGGUCACUAUCAUACAUCCCGGGAAGGGCUCCAAGGAGGGGCUGCACCGCGAGGGCCGCAUUGAGACUGUUCCAACAGCUGAUGCUUUCAUGGACCUGGUCAGAAAUAUGUUUCCACCUAAUCUUGUGGAGGCCUGCUUCAAACAGUUUAAGACACAGUACAGCACACGGAUGGUAACCAGGACGAUUGUAAGGACAGAGAAUGGGUCAGAGCUGGGAGCCUCCAUGUCUCCCCCACCCUCAGUAGAGAAUGAAACCAGCAUCCUGGAAAAUGUCACCAGGGCCUUGGGCACCCUGCAAGAGGUGAUAAGCUUUGAGGAGACUGUGCCUGUACCUGGCUCGGCCAACGGCAUCAACGCCUUGGGCCUCGUGGUCUUCUCCGUGGCCUUUGGGCUGGUCAUUGGUGGCAUGAAGCACAAAGGCCGUGUCCUGAGGGACUUCUUCGACAGUCUGAAUGAGGCUAUUAUGAGGCUGGUGGGCAUCAUCAUCUGGUAUGCACCCGUGGGCAUCCUGUUCCUGAUUGCUGGGAAGAUUCUGGAAAUGGAAGACAUGGCUGUCCUUGGAGGUCAGCUGGGCAUGUAUACCCUGACUGUCAUCGUUGGCUUAUUCCUUCAUGCUGGCGGCGUGCUGCCGCUCAUCUACUUCCUUGUCACCCACCGGAACCCCUUUCCCUUCAUUGGGGGUAUGCUGCAGGCCCUCAUCACAGCCAUGGGGACCUCUUCCAGCUCCGCAACCUUGCCUAUCACUUUCCGCUGCCUGGAGGAGGGCCUGGGCGUGGACCGCCGCAUCACCAGGUUUGUGCUGCCCGUGGGCGCCACGGUCAACAUGGACGGCACCGCACUCUACGAGGCCCUGGCAGCCAUCUUUAUUGCGCAAGUCAACAAUUACGAGCUCAACCUUGGCCAGAUCACCACAAUCAGCAUCACAGCUACGGCUGCCAGUGUAGGAGCAGCUGGCAUCCCCCAGGCAGGACUGGUCACCAUGGUGAUUGUGCUCACGUCUGUCGGCCUGCCCACAGAGGACAUCACACUGAUCAUAGCUGUGGAUUGGUUCCUUGACCGACUUCGUACGAUGACCAAUAUACUGGGGGACUCAAUUGGAGCGGCCGUCAUUGAGCAUUUGUCCCAACGGGAGCUGGACCUGCAGGAGGCAGAGCUGACUCUCCCCAGCCUGGGAAAGCCCUACAAGUCACUCAUGGCACAAGAGAAGGGAGCAUCGAGGGGUCGGGGAGGUAACGAGAGCGUCAUGUGAGAAGCUUCUAGCUCUCUGUGCCGGGAGGAGGGAAGGGGCUGGGAGGGGAGUCCUGGGGACCAUGUGUUGCCCCGCUGAGUGUGGGCUGAACAUACAUGUUCUGUGUGGCUUCUCUGGGGACUGCUGAGAUAAAAGAGAAGGAAUGAAAGGUAUCCAAGGUGUA